AUGAAGAACCUGGAGGAGCUGAAGGAGCUGAACCAGCACCAGGCCCACGUGGACUUGGAGUCCAUGCUGCAGCAGCACCAAGCGAACGAGGAGCAGCAGAGGCCGCGGGCGCUGGAGGAGGACGAGCGGGAGACCAAAGCUAUGCUAGAACAAGGCCAGAGCAGGAAGUUGCUGCAAGACUCCGAUUCAGAUGAGGACUCUCCUCCUGGUCCUGCUAAAUGGUUUGCAAAAGCAAAGCCUGCAGACAUCCCGCGAGAGGACUCAGAGCCGCAAGCAAAGAAGAUGAAGGUGGAAAGCCGGGAGAGAAGCGUCGGGAAACUCUCUGACAAGGCCAAACUCUCCGGGCUGGUGACAGCCAAGAGGAAGCCGGAUUUGAGCGUGGCAAAUGGGGCGGACAGUUGGAACAUGCCGCCGGGCCCAGGUGCCGGGAGUGCAGACAAGACCUCUGUGGAUACCUCUCUGGCUUCCCGCUCAAAGGCGGGCGCCUCUUCCCUCAGCCUCCUGGGAGCAUAUUCUGACAGCGAGGACAGUAAAAGUGACUGA